AUGGUUGGGCGCGGCGGCGGCGGCGGCGGUGCUGCUACCUCCAUCCUUGGGAUGGGAAAGGGAGGGAGCAACGGCGCGCAGAGCUAUCAACAGAAUGGCGGUGGCGGUGGUGGCCUUCUGAGACCACCUUCGGUGAUGUCUGGGGGCUACGCCGCCGCACAGGCAUGACUGACUUGGUGUGCGUCGCCUUUCGUUGGCGGUCCUCUUUCUUUUCGGAAGGCCUUGGUGUAAGUAUUGCCGCUGUCGGCGCGAUUGCCUGAGAGCCUUAAUGGAGAUCCUUAAUGUUGUGGCCGAGAGGAGGGCGUUGUUGUGCUCUCCGGCAACAAGUUGGCCUUGGGUGCGUCGGUAGGUAAAUCUCUUGCGACUGGGAGCACCACUUCGGCGGAGCUUCUGGGGGUAACAAUUCCGAGAGCAUCUCUUUGACACAAGGUAGGGACAGAACACAGCCGUUCGGGACUUGUUGUUCCUCGGCAAGAGUAGAUUACGUCAGGAGAGUAGACUGUACUGCAGCAGGUGUAGCAUCACUAAUGGGUGGGUACGCGGGGCGCGCCCCGUUCUUAGUCUUGCGUGCUAUCUACUCGACGGCAGGUACUACGCUGGGUGGAAACGGCGGGCCGUUGGGACUGGUGUGAUUGAUUAUUUUUAGUGUUGGUUGUGGGGUCGUGCCCCUUGGAAGAAGGCACGGCGGCUGGUUGUGUUCACACAAGCGUGCGUUGCGAAAGCGUGUGCACCGGGGUUAUUUGCUGAAGCGCCCUUGUUCUUCCUCUGGGCGGAAGAAGCGCAUAGGGGGGAAGUUUUUGUGUGUUAUGCUGUUUUUUUGUGUGUUACACUGUUAUUGCUGUGCGUUUGGUGUGU